UGUGGAAGAAGGAAAUACAAAUCAGUUCUGAAUUAUGGUGGCCAAGGGCACACUCCUUGUUCACUUAACCCUGUCUGAAAACCCAGAUCACACACAAAAAUCCCACACACCCCAUGUGUCCACCCCAAUCAAUCACAUCACAAAAAGACACACAACAAUCACCUAGAGGGACACACACACUAUUAAUGCAGCCAAUAAACUUGCCUGGUUUUAUUAUUAUUGUGUGUCCUUGAUUUAACUAUUAAUUAAUUCAGCUACUUUUGUACACAAAUGCACCAAACGGAUUGGACUUUCUUUCACUAUAACACAAUAGUCUCCUAUCUCAAAUGGGACUUAGUGAGGAUUGUAAACUCAUUCCGUGUGACUCUGCACUUUUUCUCUAAAACCAGCUUGUAAUAUUUGUUAUUGAAUUUUACACACAUGGCUGUGUGUGUGUCACAUGGUACAGGGUGUGUGUUUGUGCACUUGUCUGUGUUUUGCACUCAGUCCCAGCUCUGGUAUAUAUAGGAUCAGCUGAGCCCUGCAUUCCAUACAGCUUCACAGAGCAUCCAGAGCGACUCACUGAGAUCCUGUUACUAUAGCAACAAGCAUGGACCCCCAGGACUGUCCCUGCGCAACAGAGGUCUCCUGCUCCUGUGCAAAUUCCUGCAACUGUAAGAAGUGCAAAUGCUGCCCAAAAAGUUGCUGCUCCUGCUGUCCGGCCGAGUGCAGUAAAUGCAGCCAGGGCUGUCAGUGUGAAAAGGGAUGCGAGAGCUGCAGCUGCUGCAACUGAUUGGUGGAUCCAUGUCUGAGACGUGAUCUGUUACUCUGUAAUGUUUGCGCUUUGGUCUGAUCUGUAUGUUACUAAAGACCUGCAGUAUUAUUGGAAACGCUUGGCAAUGCAAAUGUCUCACUGAUUUCAUAAUUAUAGUAAUAAAAGAUUUAAAUCAUU